AAAAGGAAAAGGGAAAAGGAAAAGGGAAAAGGGAAAAGGGAAAAGGGAGAAAAAGAGAAAAAAGAAAAAGAGAAAAAAGAAAAAGAGAAAAAAGAAAAAGAGAAAAAAGAAAGAGAAAAAUAAAUAAAGGAAAAAGACAAAAAAGAAAAGAAAAAGAAAAAAGAAAAU